UAUACUUCGUAUUACAUAAAUAUUCACAAAAGCAUGAAACACAAUAAAUUAUAGCAUAAAUUGUGUGUGUGUUUGUUUUUAAAUAACAAUAUCUAAAUUAUUUGGAGAAAAUCUUUUACGAAUUAUCGUUUCUGGGGCAAAUCGUCCUUGGACGUCACACGUACGUCAUAAUGAUUUUGACGCCACAAUAUAAUCAGUCUUUGAUGAGAUAACAACGAAAAAGUCACAAAAAUGCCUACUUCAAGUCAAGCAAUGAUUGUUAUGUCGGGAGAGGGAGAGGAUCCAAGGAUUCCUCGACGGAGGUAUGGGGGGUCAAGUGAGUUCUCCGUGGCCAAUUACGAUAUGGAAUUGGCUCUGCGUUUGAAGAACAUUGGAUUUUUAAACCAAGGAGUUUCCGGAACCGGACUGCCUGCUCCAAGUGCUGAUAGCAUGGCAAGUGUCCUGAAAGCCCUUUCCACAGCUCAGGGUUCAUAUGACCCAGUUCGAAAAGUCUACCGCUGGCAGGUUUCGAACACGCACCACGAGAGACGACCUCUGGUGAGAAGCAGUGAAACAAACACCACUGAAAAUAUCGUGUGGUUUCCAGACAGGGAACGUGUAAACCAGAGCAAAACGGGUAACAAGGAGAUCAAUUUACCAAAGCUUUACGGUCGGUCUGGUAGCACGCCAAAUGCCGUGUUAGAGGAUGCGGGGAUAGUUAGAAAAAGAAAGGCCAGCGGAUCAAGGGUUCCAGGGCUUCCCUCGCACAAUAUAGCAGCAGACCCUCGGCCUCCGGCCUCGGUCGUCGCUCGAGCCAAGUUCGUCCUGUGUUCUGAUGGUCACCAAAGAGUUUCUGUGGAGAGUCUAUGUGAACCGGAGCAAGCUGUGGGUGACAGUGUAAAGAAUACAGCACCUGAAACCCCAAAGCCUCCAAAACUUUCCCUACUGGAAGAUGUAAAGAAGAGAGUGAACUACGACUGCAGAGUCCAUCCAGCCAUGUACAUGCGCAAACACCGUCCUACCCCGAAUCCGUUCGCCAUCUGCUUCAGUUUCCGCGAGAACGACGAUUACAACCACACUGAAGUGAACGACAUCCUGGAAUCGCAGAUCGGUCUUAAGGUCCGCUCCGUUCAGUACGAUCCUUUGUCGAUCCGCUCAUCGAAUGCGGAUGUGGGAACGAGGUGGAUCGUGACGUAUGCUACUCCGGCGGAGUGUGAAUUCGCGGUCAGCAAAGGACUUGAAGUGAAUGGAGAUAAAAUCGCCAUCAAACUGCUUGAUGACGUCAUCAGUUGCGAAUGCGAGGCGUAUAUUUUGCACAAAGAGGAGGAGAGACAAAAAAGGAUUGCCGAAGGAAAUCAAAUAAUUUGUGAGAAGAGAAAACGGCGAAAGAAACAAAAGGUUUUUGUUUCAACAUCGACUAAUACUUAGUCUUUUCUGUUAUGCGAGAUACAUACUAGAUGGAUAUUUUCUAAAUGUAACUGUGUGUGUGGUGGCAGUACUACUUUUAUGACAAAUAUUUCAUGUCUUUCUCAGUUAUGUUGUAUAUUUUAUGCAUGUAUAUCAUAUAAAUUAUCAUCAAAGUUUCAGAAAUGCCAUGUUAUUGAAUUUGUUAGCGAAAUUCAUUUUUCAAUCAUUCAAACUGUUCACUUUGAUAAAAUAAACGGAAAUUCAAUAAAUAUUGACUACCUGAAUGUGUAAUCUGAAGUUUUUUGUCAUCGACCAAUGAAACGUUAUAUUAUUUUGUAAAUUAAUUAAAGGCGUGUUUUGACGACAGCUUGUAAUACGAACUUUUUUUUACUCUGUGGCAUUUAAUGCGGCUUUUUAUCAUAAAUAAUUUAUCAUAAAUAAUUUUCAAUAUAUUUUCUUUAAUACAGUAAGGAGAAAACAUUAUAUUGAACUUAUUUAAAAGAAAAUUUUGCAUUUUAUUCAUUCUUUUUCAGAAUCAAUUUCAAAGUAUGUUAAUGACGUGAAGAUGUCGUCAAACUAGGCCUUCUUUUAAAAUGCAUUUUGAACAAAGCGUAAUAUUUCAAUGCUUAAGUUUUUCAAUUCUAAUUUGAGUCCAUCAUAUAUAGAGGAUAAAACUAAAUGAUAAUUAUGAACUCGUUUGUUUUUUGCUUAGCUAGAGAUCCAGAUAGAUUGUUUUUGGUUUUUUGUUGUUGUUGUUGUUGUUUUUUUUAUCAAGGAAAGCCUUUUAUUGACCUCAACAAUCCUAAUCUUGACGUCGCCAGUUGUAAUUUGACCUCACCGACUCUAAUUUUGACGUCGUCAGUCGUAAUCUUGACGUCACAAAUUGUAUUAUCCUAAUCUUGACAUCAUGCACCUCUCCCAAGUACCUAACCCCUUGAGGAAGGGGGUAUCUAGGCAAUAAUUUAAUAUUGUAUGGAUAUUUCUCAACACUG